AUGGACCACGAGCACUACGGGCAGGGCUCCCAUCAGCCCAGACAACGGAGACGGAAGGCGGGCAAAACGCGAUUGCGCAACAAGGCCCCGAUCGCAGCGCGCCUCGUGCUGGACGCGCAGCUGCGUGGUAACGUCGGCGUCCUAUCCGAGGACCUCGCCAACGACCUCUUCCAGCAGCGCGAUCUUCAAGUGACCGACGAUGGAGUCCUCUACGUUGCCAUCUCUCCGCACACCCCCAAUUACACCACCGUGGAGGAGCAGACCUGGACGAUUCUGCCCGUCCGCAUCCAGACCACCCCGCGAUCGCACGCACCCAUAUCCCACUCGACCAUUCUGUUCCCGGACUCGGCCGACUCGCUCCAAUCAUUCCUCCAGGCACUAGGGAAGCUGGAUGCCUCGCGCAACUCGUUACAAGCACACCGCACUGUCGAGAUUCGGAUCCUCGAUGUCGCCCCGCUUCACUUGGAUACAAUCUUUGUGAGUGUUGAGCGACACCUUCUUCGGAAUCACGACGAUGUGCAGAGCAAGUUUGGUGGAGGGUUCACAUCUAACCAGGGGCCCAAUGGACUCUGGCCGAAGACGGGAAGGGCGGCGGACGCGAAGAAAUUCUCCAAAAAGGCUGCGGCGGACAUUGAGCAGCGUCUGACCGCUGCGGUGCGCGAGGCUCUUGGGGCUCAGCGUAUUGUGCACGCGGGGGAUGUGCUUCCACUUCCGCUGCCACCGCAUCCCAUCACCUACGCGCCGCCACCUCCCGCGCGCAUUUCGUUCUGUGAGCCGGUGGCGCAAGGCCUUUUGAUGCCGACGACCAAGGUUGUGCUCGUCCAAGCGCGCCCUCAGGCCAACCGCCCACAACAGUCGCUACCCCCGAGACCGGCUCUACUCAAGCAAGUGGCCGAAGAUGAGGCGGAUGACACUUCCAAUGAAGCGUUCUAUUCGGCUGCGGAGGACAAGCCCGGCGAGACUACCGAAAUGGAGAGCACAUCCGCCGCGGACGAGUCGGAGACGGAAGGCUCGGUGGGUUCCAUGAGUGAUUCAUCAGAUGAGUCUUUGGAGGACAUGAUCUCUCUCACGGCCCCCGAAUUGCCACAGCCGCCCUCUGGCGUCCUGUCUUCUAUUACUUCCGCAACUCCCCGUGCAGGCGGCCGACGAGUAGACGGCAUCCAUACACCCGGCUCGGUUGCGUCGAAUUUCACAUCGGCCACCAUGCGGCCCGGCCGUGGUGGAGGAAAGGUCUUCAAAGUGGAAGGACUGUUGCAGCAAGUUCCCAACGAGGUGCUCCAUCCUCGCCCGCGAGACGAUGAGGACGUGGACUCGUUUGUGUUUGUGGAUAUCAGCACCCUUGCCAAGAUCGGCUGUUUUUCGGGUGAUUGGGUGAGGAUCGAAGCGUCCGAGGAGCCCCAGAUGAAUAUGUUCGCAUCGCUGAAAUUCGGGAGCUUCAAUGAAAGCGCCGAGGAUUCUGGCGACUGGCGUCCGGUCAAGAUCUUCGGUCUUGCCGGUCUUCCUUCCUCGAAACCUCGGUAUGCCAUCAAUCACUCUGGGGACCGCCGGUCAAGCAUCUCCCAACUACAACCUGCGCGCUUGACUCCCUCUGUCUUUGUUCCUCCGCUCCUCCUCAGCAAUAUUGAAAACCCCAAAUAUCUCCGGAUCUCUCCCAUGACGUUUGCCUCUGCCAACGGGCCCUCGAAAGCUGGUCUUUUGCACCACCACAUGAAGAAUGCGACCACCAAAAAUCCACCCUUAGCCAAGGAAGUUACUCUCAUGAAAGUCUCUACUCCUCUCUCUAUGGAUCGUGUCCUGCAACCUGCAUUAUUCGCCGGACUCAAGCAGUACUUCGAAUCGCGCCGGCGAAUUCUGAAGAGUGGUGAUCUUGUCGGCAUCAGUGUCGACGAGGGACUUGGAAGGGCAGUCUUUGGAACUGCUGGCGGUGAUGCUGUGAACCAAGAAGAAGACAUCACUAGUCGGCUAGGCCAAGUGGCUGACCCCAAUACUGCUGGAGCACGCAAAGUUGGUGUCGCAUGGUUCCGCGUUGGACAGGUAGCUCCCUCUUCCGUAGAAGAGCUGGAGGAAACGGGAGAGGACCAAUGGGGUGGAGUGGCCGUAAUUGACCCGACUACAACUCGCAUGGUGCAGGCUGGCAGCGACAUCAGCCGUGUUCCUGGCGUUUUGGGUAAUGGAUGGGAGUAUUGGUUGGGCGCAAAGACAAUUUCCAGAACGGGCAGUGGCGUUUCACCAGCUCAUGGAAUCAUCUCGGACCCGCCUCAUGCUUUCAUUCCCCCUCUGCAAGAGCGAAUCCGUGAUCUGAUGGCGGCUGCGACAAGCCCUCGGGCGAUCCAGCUGGGAAUGAAGCCCGUUGUGAUUCUGCUCCAGUCACAGCAGCGACACAUCGGCAAGGCCACUGUCGCGACUCGAUCCUGCGCAGACAUCGGUCUACACACUUUCCCAAUUGACGCUUACGAUAUCUUGACAGAAGGUGGGGCGAAUGGGGGCGAUGUUAAGACCGAGGCUUAUCUGAAGGCGCGGGCCGAGCGUGCUUUCCACUGUGGUGCCAACUGCACCGCGCUGCUGAUCAAGCACAUUGAAGUCCUCACUGCAGACCGAAUGGUGACAGCCAUGGCGGAUAUUGUGAAUGAAGCCCGUGUUAUCAUUGCCACCACCACCGACGUAGAGCAGAUUCCGGAAGGUAUUCGGAGCAUGUUCACUCACGAGUUUGAGAUGGGGGCCCCCGAAGAGAAAGAGCGUGAAGGUAUCUUGCGAAAUGCCGUGGCAGAGCGCGGUAUCAACCUCUCUGCUGACGUCGAUCUGGGCACUGUCGCCCUGAAGACAGCUGCAUUGGUUGCUGGCGAUUUGGUUGACGUGGUGGAGCGAGCUGCCGGAGCCCGAACUGCUCGUCUAGAACAACUGGCUGCGACUGCAAGCAAGCAGCUUCCUGGCAUUGAAGUUUGUGUCAGAGAUGUUCUCCUUGCAGGCGGGGACGGCGCACGGGGUGUCAUCAGAGCCGAUUUCGAUGCCGCCGUCGAGGCUGCUCGGAAGAACUUUGCCGACUCGAUUGGUGCACCCAAGAUCCCCAACGUCAGCUGGGACGAUGUUGGUGGCUUGACGAACGUCAAGGACGCUCUAAUCGAGACCAUUCAGCUCCCGCUUGAGCGACCGGAGCUCUUCGCCAAGGGCAUGAAGAAGCGCAGCGGUAUCCUGUUCUACGGUCCGCCUGGUACGGGCAAGACCUUGCUUGCCAAGGCCAUUGCUACCGAAUUUUCUUUGAAUUUCUUCUCCGUCAAGGGCCCCGAGCUACUCAAUAUGUACAUUGGUGAAUCUGAGGCGAAUGUGCGCCGGGUCUUCCAGCGUGCGCGGGACGCUCGCCCAUGCGUUGUGUUCUUCGACGAGCUGGACUCUGUCGCCCCCAAGCGUGGAAACCAGGGCGACAGUGGUGGUGUCAUGGAUCGCAUUGUCAGCCAACUGCUUGCGGAGCUGGAUGGUAUGAAUGGUGGUGAGGAGAACAGCGGUGGAGUAUUUGUGAUUGGAGCGACCAAUCGUCCUGAUCUGCUGGACUCUGCCCUGCUUCGUCCUGGGCGUUUCGACAAGAUGCUGUACCUGGGUGUCUCCGAUACGCACCACAAGCAAGCAACUAUUCUCGAGGCACUUACCCGAAAGUUCGCACUCCACCCCGGCGUAUCUCUUGACCGCGUUGCCGAGCGCUUGCCUUUGACCUACACCGGUGCCGAUCUGUAUGCGCUGUGCUCGGAUGCCAUGCUGAAAGCCAUCACCCGCAAGGCCACCGCGGUGGACGAGAAGAUCAAGCGCUUACCCGAAGGCCCCGUCAGCACGGCGUAUUUCUUCGAUUAUCUGGCUACACCGGACGAUGUGGCUGUGAUGGUCGAGGAGGAGGACUUCUUCUCAGCUGAGACUGAGCUUGUUCCAAGUGUUAGUGCCAAGGAACUCGAACACUUUGAACGCAUUCGGCAGACCUUCGAGUCGGUCGACAAGCAGAAGCAAGACCCCAGUGCAGCUGCCCCGCAGACGAUUGCCGAGGCUAUGGAGGCGUUUAACUUAGGGGGCCAUGCCUCUGCUGAGGAGCCUCCCACGAUGAAUGGAGAUGUCCCUCCGACUCCCGCUGGGGGCAUCCAUGGCCGCCUCAAGGGAUUGAAACAGUGGCCCGGAAGCCUUGUUCGCAGUGCGAGCGGACACUCAGCAACAGGAAACAAGGGCAAGGGCAAGGGAGUUGCUGGUAAAAAGGCGAAGGGACCUCAAGGUGGUCCUGAGUCUGACUCGUCCCUUGAGAAUUUCAAGGUCACUGGUUCGGUGAAUGGUUCUGGCCUUGCACGCAAGUAUGGCACUGUUAAUGGCGAUGAUGAUAUGGAGGACGGAGUGGUGGAUGGUGAAGAUGAAGAUGAUUACAUUGUGCGAACUGAUCACCUUGCAAACCCGAUGGAGGAUGUGGAAUAG